AGACUAUCCUAUUUGAUGAGAGCGAUGCUCUUUGCUGUGGAGAACACUCAAACAAAACUGUCCAAUUACAGGUUCUUUUUCGACCCUGUGUCUGGCUGCUGGGGCUUCUUGUUCACCGUGUCCAAGCUGGUGGAACUCGGGGACACCGUAUUCAUCCUCCUGCGCAAGCAACCCCUCAUUUUCCUCCACUGGUACCACCACGUCACAGUGCUGAUUUACUGCUGGCUGGGCCACACGACCCUCUCGGCCACGGGCCACUGCUUCGGCUGCAUGAACUUUGCCGUACACUCCGUCAUGUACUCCUACUACGCUCUCAAGGCCGCGGGGGUCAAAGUGCCGACCCAGGUCGCCUUUUGCAUCACCACGGCGCAAUUGGCACAAAUGGUGGUCGGCAUUCUCGCCAACCUGGUCGUGUUGCGACAGAAACUCGCCGGGAAUGUGUGCCACGUUUCGGACACCCUCAUGAACCUCGCGUUCGUCAUGUACUUUUCCUAUUUCUUGCUUUUCGCGAAAUUCUAUUACGAGGCGUAUUUUUGCCGAAAUCGGUCAAGAGUUUAUAAUAAGGAUGUGUCGCUGAUGGAGAAUCACCAGAAGAAGAAACUCACACCCUCACCCGACAAGAACGGGAUCGAAUCGCAGUGUGUCUCGUCAUCACCUGCAGUGCAGAAAAAUUUUGUUGGCGUGCCACAUCAUUCGGCAUUCGACAUCAUCAUGAAGACAUCUUCGUCGUUGUCGAAAGAAAACCCUUUGGAGGCUCCCCUGAUUUUCCCCUUUGAAGAUUACUACGACCAACAGACCGUGCUCGAGUUUUUGCAGUCCUACAAAAUCAUUCCGUAUGGAUCCGUGGCUGUAUACUUGGUAUUUGUGUUCCUCGGGCCGGUGUUGAUGAGAAACAGGCCGAGGUUUGAGUUGAAAACUCCUCUGUUGCUGUGGAAUGUGUCGCUGGCAGUGUUCAGCAUGUUUGGCACUUAUCGAACUGCUCCGACACUUUACAGACUGGUGCAGGCUGGAGGGCUUCACGCUGGCAUCUGCGACAACACGUACCACCACAUUACCGUGCUGCUCUACUGUUGGGAAUUCAACAGCCAGUCCUCGUCCAUCGGACUCUCCUGCGGCAGCAUGAACUACUCUGUCCACUCUCUCAUGUACUCGUACUAUGCCCUGAGGGCAGCCCGGAUCCGCAUGCCCACAUGGGUAGCAGUGCUCAUCACUGCGGGUCAAAUGAGCCAAAUGGUAGUGGGCCUGUUCUGGAAUGUGGUAGCCAUCAGGUUCAAGUACUCGGCUCGGGGAUGCGACGUCUCGGAUGCUGGAAUUGUCGCAGGAAUGGUCAUGUACGUGUCGUACUUUGUGCUUUUUGCCAAUUUCUUUGUGCACACCUACUUGCGGCGAGAUGGGAAACACAGCAUUGCUGCAUCAUCUGGCAAACCGAAAGGAGCCUUAUUGGUGGCCAAGAAGGAACACUGAUGAUGAUGAUGAGGCAGUCGUCAUUUUUGUUUGUGUUUGAAAAAAUGGAUCAGAAACAUUUUGUGUGUGGGAGGGAAAUAUAUAUAUACAUACAAUUCAGGGCACAUGUUGUUACCAACAGA